UCCCAUUGUAGCUGCGAUGUCGGUACCAUUGACAGCUGGAGUUAAUGUUAUCUGAACAACAAUUCCAUCUGUGUCGCUAGAAGAUAUCGCGUUUCUUCUCUCACCAUUGCACAGAGGUAAAAGACAGAAGUAAAACCACGCGUCAUGUCAGGCGCUAAGAGGAAGGGGCUACCCCCGAUUCAGAAGGGUCCGAUUGUGAUGGCCCCGCCACCGAAGAUUGUGGAAACCAUUGUCGAGAAGACAGAUCUGUCGGCGUUUGAGGAACAGGCUUUGGUUAUUGAUACCAACUUGCUAGUGGGCCCCGUCUACGACAACUCGAAACAACGCGCCAAAGCCCUCAAGGAACAGCUGGGCGACAUCAACACUCGGCUUCAGACGACGCUGACCACAUUCGAUGCAGUGAACCCUGGCGACCAUGAUGAUGACAUGCUGGGGGAUCUGGCCAAACAUGCUGACAGCAUGGCAAGUGGUCAGAUGAAGGCAACGCUGAAACAUUUCAUCAACAACUACCGUGACAUGUCGUCUCACAUACAUGAUUCAAGCAAGGAGAGGGAGGAUAUUCUCUUCCAGCUGUCUGACUGGUUCACCAUGGAUCACAUGGAUGACUUGUACGGCCCCACAACACACAAGGCGGUGGAGAAGGAAGCUGAGCAGGGCUACACGUCAGCCCUUGUCAACUUUGAGAAGUUCAAACGGUUGCAAAACAACAUCAAGCUAGCCAAUGCCAAAGGUCUGAAUGUGGAUCACCUGCUUCAAGAGAAGAGGAGGAUGGAGAAAGAUGUCAUGGGAGGCCUCGCCAUCAUGAAGAAAGGAAAAGAGAAGGCCAAGGCUGCAACAAGUGAUGGCGCUUCAACAUGGCGGCAUGCCGCAGAUGAGGUGGUGUCGAUGCUGAGGAAAGUCCGCACUGAAGGCUCCGAUGAAAUGGACACUGUGAAGCAGAAGGUAGACGGACUUGUCCUGGAACUGAAACAGAAGACACAGUGUACUGAUCAGUUGAGAAAGGAAGUGAAAGAACGGAAGAAUAUGAUGUCUCGGUAUGCUGAUGACAACUCCGACCUCACCGAUGAGGUUGCCAGACUCCGUUUCAAGAUCAAGAAACUGGAAGUCAACUUGGACAAUGCUACUAAGUUGCUACACAACCAGAUUGACCUGAAGAAUAUCCAGCUGCCCAAACAAGAGGAGGAGGAAACAGGGAAGGAGAUCACUGUCACCGUGUCCUUCAUCCUGAGACAGCUGGGAGAAGCCACAGAUGCCAACAACCUGAAGCGUAUGGACAGUGACCCCGCCUUCUUGAGGAAACAGAUCCGUGACAACAGGGAGACCAUCGAGGCGUUCUCUAGGGAGCUGAUCAAGCUGAAUGAGACAGUUGAGAAGCUGGAGGCGGACAUGAAGAGGAAGGAAUCAAUUCUAUCAGACCUUGAAUUGGUGAACAAUGAUCUCCGGGAGAGGGUGACAGAGAGCCGCAGUGAUGAGGGUAUCGCCAUCUCCCAGCAGCCGUCAAGCUUCAGUGUUAACGGAGUGAAGAUGGCCCUUAGUUCUCAAGCCUGCAACUGCAAGUGCCAUCAGGCAUCAAUGGUGUCACUGCACAGGCCAUCAUCCCAGGAGAUCAGUGGCCAGGGCGAUGAUAAGGAUAAGAACAAGCUGUUGAAGAAGCUGGACUACUUCCGGAAGGCGCUGUCAGAUGCCGAGCUGAGGCUGAGUCAGGCCUACAAGGAGAUUGCUGAGAUGAGACGUAAGAGUCUUGGAGCGGAUGAUUCGUCGACUGAGUUGCUAAAAAUAGAAUCUGGUGGUGAGUCGUCAGGUGACGAAGAAGAAAAAACAUCAAAGGAGCCAGGGAAAGACAAGAAGAAGGUUGCCAAGGAACCGAAGAGGAAGAAGAAUGUUCGCCGGAAAUCCAUCAAACCAAAGGGAAAGAAGGACAAGUCCCUACCUCCAAUCAACCAGCCCAUUAUACCUGAACCUGAGGUUCCCCCACCCCCAGAAUUUGAUGAUAACAGAGAUAAUGAACUAUGGCAAGUGGGAGAUAUCCAGGGACGGCUGAACAUGCUGGUGAUGGCCAUUAUGUCGUAUGUGACAGACAUCGGGAAGCUGGUCGGGGGCGAGGAGGAGACCGUCAAGAAGGCCGUCGUGCAACAGUUCCAGUUCGGGCAGAAGCCAGAGGACAAGGCCGUGAAGAACGCCAGCAAUAAACGUGCGGCUGAGCGCCGGCAGCGACGAGACCAGGUCAUGUUGAGUGGCCAGAGAGCAGUCGCCAUUAUCCGGGAGGCGUAUGACAUGUUAACAUCUGCGCUUGAUCUCCAACACAGUGACUUUGAAGCAAUCUAUCGUUCCUUCAAGCAGCAUCAGCAGAUCCGUGCCGUGCACCACGCCGCCAUGAUGGGCCGGCUCCCACAAGGAAGUAACGUUGUCCGGAUGGGGAGCAACGAGAACGCCGUGGAGUACUACCUCAAGUCCUAUGGAGGGGGAGGAGGGGGUGGGGUUGCAGGAGGUGGGCGGGGUCAUCCCUCUGGCCAACCCUUUGAACUCAAAGAUCGACCUGCCUCUGGUGCCAGCUCCAAGGCAUCAGUAAGUCUUGCUUUUCUCAUACUGUUUCUUAUAUAUGUUGUGAUGGUGUAA